AUGGCGUGCGCCGCUCGCGCGCCCUGCGCGUCGACGAGCGCGUCGACGAGCGCGUCGACGAGCGCGUCGCGCGCGCGAGAGCGAGGCGGUCGACCGCUUCCGAGACGAACGACGCGCGCGCGAGCGUUCGAGGACCUCGGCGCGGACGACGUCGCGAGCGCGUUGGAGAGCUUCUCAGAGGAAGACACGCGCACGGACGCGUCGUUCUCGGAGAAGAGCGCGCACGUGUUUCGAGGGACGAUGGACGAGGACGUGUUCGAGCGCGUGGAUGAACAGAAGGCAAAGCGACGGGUCAAGCGAGAGGCCGUCGAGGCCGCGACGCGGACGGCACCAAAAGGAAGUGCGAGAAGGAGCAAAUCAUUUGCGUUCUUGUACGAGGAGAAAACGGACGUGAACAGUCCGGGGGUGGUGACGAAGUGCAACGACGUAUUGCGUCAGUGUCAGAGCAUGGAGGAAGUGCUCGAUUUGGUCAAGGAAAUGCGCGAAGCCGGGGUUCAACCCGUGGAGAGCACGUACGUGGCGGUGAUGCUUGUGUGUCGGAGUAUCUCCGCGCCCGAGCGCGCGGUGCAGGUAUACGACGCCAUGGUUGAGGCACAGGUUGGCAUGAAUUCUCGCACGUUCCAGCUCGCCAUCGAGUUAGCGCUCAAGGCUGGGAUGAUCAAGGACGCUCUGCGAAUUAAGGACGAUAUGCGUUAUCUCGGUUUCCCCGUGAGCUCGGCGAUGUACGUGACGCUCCUCAAGGCUCUCGCGGACAACGACAUGGGCAAACGCAAGGGACCAAAGGAGAGACUCAUCCGCACGUGCCGCCUCUUUGAAGAGAUGCUCAACGAGGAUAUCGAUGCGCCGCCGGCUGCGUAUCACACACUUAUUUUAGCAGCAAAUCGAGCGAAUCAGCACGACCUCGCGGUCCGAACAUUCGAAGAGCUCGUGGAUGAGGGCAUCACGCCGACAAGACUCACGUGCGAGACAGCUCUAGAGUCCAUGGCGAAGAGCGGAUUGAUGGGCAAAGCCCUUGAUGUGUUCGUCAGUAUGAAAAAUAACGGACUCAUGCCACGAAAAGCGACUUACAACUUACUUCUCAGUGCGUGCGUGAACGCGCCGCAGCCUCGUGUGGAAGCAGCGUUCGAAAUCUUUGAUGAGAUGCGAGUCAACGGCGACAUCACUCCUGACAAGAAUACGUAUACUUUGCUAAUCGACGCCGCCUGCAAGGCCGGUAUGCCAGAGAAAGCGUUCGAAGCGUUUUCGCACAUGCGCGAGUCUGGCGUUGAAGUCGAGACGAGUACGCUCAACCGACUCAUUCACGCCGCUGGUUUGAACGGGACGAAGGAUGAAUCGUCGGUGCAAGCUACGCUUGAGCUUUACGAAGCCAUGAAGAAGGCUGAAAUCAAGCCAGACGUCAUCACGUACGGCAGUCUCAUCUCUACGUGCGCCAAGGCGAGAGAUGGUGACACUGCUAUCAAAAUGUACGAAGAAAUGCGCGCCGCAGGAAUUGAACCGAACCGCGUCCUCUUCAACGUGUUAAUAAGCGCCCUUGGACGUUGCGAUCGUAGCGAAGAGGCUAUCCAUUACUUCGAGACGAUGGUAGAAAUGGCUAAGAAGAAUCAAGCAUUGGUGCCUCAUCGGGAGACAUACGCAGCGCUCUUCGACGCCAUCCUCGGGUCAGGCGGCGUUGAACUUGCCAUCGCAAAACAAUCGCUCGAGUCUGGCGCAACCGCGUCCUUUGUCAACGGCACCAAGUUCGCCAAGCUUCGUGAUAUGUACAACCGCGGAGUCAAGAGUGGCGUUUACGAAGAGUUCUCCGAGUCUUUGAGCAUACGGGAGCCCGAGUCUGGCUCGUGUACAAUUAACAUGAACAUGUUAUCUCGCACUGAGUCGACGGUGGCGACGCUCGUGCUGUUGGAACGCAUGUCGAAGCUGAAGGAGGGUGAAGUGCCUCCUGCCCUGUUCAUAUACGCUGGAAAAGUAAAACCGGGUAAGAGUAGUGCCCAGAGGAGGCUCUUGGCCAUCGAAACCGUGCUUCGUGCCUCGGAAAUCAGAUUCGAAAUAGGCGAAGUCGGAGCCGCGAACUUGAUCGCCAUUAAGGGAUCGAAAGCUGUUAAGUGGAUCGAAACGUACGCAGCCACGUUUGCCGCCACGACUUCCUAA